AUGGCUACCGCCGGCAGAAAGAAGUCUUCUUUAUCAGUAGUAAAAUCCUUGGCCAAAAGGUUUGAUCCUAAUGCUUUACAGAAUCGGAAAAUGGAAGAAACUGGCAAGACACCACCUGCUGCCCCGUCAAAAACUUUAAUGAGCUCUGAUAGGAAGCUGGUAUGUGCAGACAUUAAAAAGAAGUUUUCUGAAAUGACGAAGAAUGGUGAACAACAUAAACAAAGAUUAGAAGGAGUUGAACGAGUGAUCCUGGAGGUUCAGCAACAUGUUGGUUCUUUGGAAGGGGAAUUAAAGACUUCUACAGUCACUGAUCCCAUAUGCAGGAAAGAAGCCCCUUAUAAGCUCCUUAGAGUUGGUGGCAAUUUGAAAAAAGAUAGGCUAGAAAGUUGUUUCAGAAUGCAGAUGUUCUCAGAAAAAAAGGAAACACUGUUCAGCAAAUGGAGUGAAAAGGAAAAGUCGUAUCUUACUGCAAAGGGAACAAAAUCUAUAAAAAAGAAAAAAAUGCCAGAUUCCUCAGAUGGCUCUGAUGAGAAGUCAGAAUUAUAUUCUCAUACGGAAAAGGUCCAUAAACUCAACAAAGAGAAUACAGAGAAGGCAAACACUUUUCUUGUUCGGAGAAAUUCCCUAAAAUCUCUUGAUUCUUAUGAGUCUAAAGUGUGUGCAGAGAGAAGUAAUAGUAACAGUUGGAAAAGUUCUCUUCAGAAGCCCUCAGGAAAGAGCCCAGUGGAGGUGAAUGCAAAUGAAGCCAAUCAAAGUCAGAAUAACCCAGAUACAGAAGGUGAUGCUUUAGGACUUGUGAAGAAGCAUGAUGGAUCUAUAGAAAGUCCAGAGAAUGUGGGAGAAGAUGAUAAAAGAAAAGAUAUUCCCAGGGAUGAAAAAGCAGAAGUACCAGAAAAAAUAUCUCAAAGAAAAAAAUCAAUAGAAGAUCCAGAUAUCAAGCAUAAAGAAAAUGAAAAAGCUUUAUUUCUUCUGAAAGAUGAGCAAACCCUCAGCAGCAAGCGUCGUGUGAAUGAGGGAAGUUUCCCCAAAGACAUCAACAAAAAGAGCAGAGUGGAUGUAGCAAAGGCCAGUGGUGGACUUAAACCAAAAGAAGCAGCUAAGCCAAAAACAACAGAACUUGCCUUACCUGGAAAAACAAUCCCAUCUAAAUCAACAGUUGCCAACAAGAACAAAAUGAAGCAAGACGCUUCAAAGGGGGAUGCUUUUAUAAUUGGUACAACUCAGCCAACGCCUGCUCCUUUUGAUCACAGGAUCAUCAAAGCAAAAAGAGCUGGGAUUGGUAGCUUCUAUCACAUCUUCAAGAAUGAAGUUUUGGGAGGUGGACGGUUUGGUCAGGUGCAUAAAUGUGAAGAAAAAGAGACAGGUCUCAAAUUAGCAGCCAAAACUAUAAAAGCCAGGAGUGUAAAGGAAAAGGAUGAAGUGAAAAAUGAGAUAAAUAUAAUGAAUCAAUUGACCCACAUGAACAUCAUUCAGCUGUAUGAUGCUUUUGAAUCAAAAAAUGAUCUUGUCCUUAUUAUGGAAUAUGUGGAAGGAGGAGAACUGUUUGAUCGGAUUCUUGAUGACAACUCCAACUUGACAGAGAUGGAAGCCAUCUUAUUCAUAAAACAAAUCUGUGAAGGGAUUCAAUACAUGCAUCAAAUGUAUAUUCUCCAUUUGGACUUGAAGCCUGAGAAUAUCUUGUGUGUGAAUCGAAAGGCAUUUCAAAUAAAGAUUAUUGACUUUGGGCUGGCAAGAAGAUAUCAACCAAGGGAAAAACUUAAGAUCAACUUUGGCACUCCAGAAUUUCUUGCUCCUGAAGUUGUGAACUAUGAUUUUGUUUCUUUUCCUACUGAUAUGUGGAGCAUUGGUGUCAUGGCCUACAUGUUGAUUACUGGAUUAUCUCCUUUUCUGGGUGAUGAUGAUAAUGAGACUUUGAAUAACAUCCUGGCUUGUAGGUGGGACUUUGAAGAUGAAGAAUUUGAAAAUGUGUCUGAAGAAGCCAAAGAUUUCAUCUCUAAGCUUCUUAUCAAAGAAAAAUGCUGGAGAAUUAGUGCAGGUGCAGCUUUAAAACAUCCUUGGUUGUCCAGUCAAACACUCCAUUGCAAACUGGAAGCUAAGAAGAAGAGCAAAUGUUCUUCUCCAUCUUAAGCACCUGGGGCUCCAUAACAUCUCUCA